AUGAUGCAGAUGGCUUCUUGUGGCUCUCAUGAUAUGGAUAUGGAGGAAGACGAUGUUAGUCAAACUCAACAAGAAGAUGUUCCAACACCAGUACCACCACCAACAUCUCGAAACAAAGGCAAGAGAAAAGAAAGAUCUAGUGGGACUACUUCUGGUAGUAAGAAGAAGAAGAGUGCAAGAUCAUGGGAGUUCUCUGUUCCAACGUCUAAUGGUACGACGAACAUGAAGAAGCUUCUUCAAACAUGCAAGUUUUUUCAGGUUUGGGAAGCGGCUGGUAAUUUUAAGGACCAAAACCAGACUGUGCUGACUCCUACUGGUUCGGAUGGAACUCUGAGUUUGAGAAAGGUUUCUGAAUCCGUGGUUAAAGAAGCUCCAAACGAGUUGAUUGUCUUAGCUCAAUUGCCAUUAGCUUUCAUAGAAGGCAUAAGAUGGAGACAUUUCUGCUCGAAGGUGUUGCUGCCGACGCCUGUUUGCCGCAAAACGAGCACAAAAGAGAUAGUAAAGAUCUAUGCUGAUAGGAAAGCUACAAUGAAGAUUAUUCUUGGGAAGAAUAAGCAGAGGUUGUCGUUGACUACUGAUAUUUGGGUUGCUCCAUACACUGUAGCCAGUUAUAUGGUCAUAACAGCUCACUUUAUAGAUGCAAAUUUUCAGCUGAAGAAGAUGAUCAUUGGGUUCAAGAAUGUUGGUGAUCACAAAGGUGGAACCAUUGCUCAAGUUCUUCUGGAUUUUCUUGAGGAGUGGGACAUAAAGAAGAUCUUCUGCAUUACAGUGGAUAAUGCGACUGCAAAUACAUCGGCUCUGAGGAAGUUCAAGGCUGGAUUUCUGCAAAAAAGUAUUAUUACGAUGUUAUAUUGA